AGAUAUCUUUUAUAGAGAAUGACGUGUACAUUGAACAUAGUUGGACCAAAUUGUGAUGUUCCUUGUAGUAUUACAAAUCUGUAUAGUUAUGUAUAGUAUCUAAUCACUUUCAUUAUUUAAUCGUGAUGUGGUUUUAGGGGUAUACCCACAUUGAAGACAAAGUGUGUGUCUAGGGAGCAGCCAUUAUGGUACGCCUGACUGCUGACCUGAUCGCUAAAUCUAAAAACCACUUCAAGAAGAAGAACAGAGGGCUCUCGCUCCAAGACUACCUCAGGACUCUGACCCACCUGCAUUUUUCCAGCCAGAAUAUUGAGGAUAUUGGCGACCUGUCCAUGUGCAGAAACCUCACCGUACUCUACCUGUACGACAAUCACAUCACGCACAUUUGCAACCUGGACUUUGCGUACAACCUCACCCAUCUGUACCUGCAGAACAACGACAUCACACGCAUUGACAACCUUGCCAAUCUACACAAACUCUCCAAGCUCUAUCUGGGUGGUAACAGGAUUGCGGUGGUGGAGGGCUUGGAGCGACUGAACAAGCUGGAGGAGCUGCAUGUGGAGAGUCAGAGGCUGGCGCCGGGGGAGAAGUUGCUCUUUGACCAUAAGACCCUAUGCUCCAUUGCAAGAUCUCUCUGCGUCUUCAACGUCACCAACAACAACAUCGAUGAUGUCCGGGACCUGGCCGCGUUGUGGGAAAUCAAACAUUUUUCUGCUGCCGAUAAUAAGUUGGCCAAUAUCGAGGAAUUAGAGGAGGUGUUCGGGUCAUGGCCUUGGCUCCUUCAAAUGGAUUUACGUGGAAAUCCUGCAUGUAAGACCCCAAAAUACAGAGACAGGCUGAUCACAGCAUGCACGAGACUCAAGGUGCUGGACGACCGCGACAUCCAUGAGGUGACCAGAGAGUUCCUCGUUAAUUGGAAAGCAUCCAAAGAAGCCAAGAAGAAGAAAAAUAAACACAUGAUCUCACCACCCUUCACAAAUGGCGGUAUGAUGGGUCAUCAAGGUGCAUGUCCUCAUGUCUGCUGCCAUGCUAAAAUGCAUGGAUGGAAGCCGCAGCAGUCAUACAGGGUGCAGCAGCUAAAAGGCUCUCUGAACAGACAGCUCAACCCUGUGGCUGUCAUGUCAGAUAUGUGCAGGCCUACACACACAUAAUAUCACUGAAGGCAUUUUCACACGUUUUCACUUGACUGUAAUGUCAAAUAACUGUUAAAUAUAAAUAGUGUUUUUUGUGAACUUAUAUUUGGAUGUAUGUGAAAUGUCGUGGCAGGGGUGUCCAAAGUUUGACAACUUGCAGCAAAAAUUUCAAAAUAUAGAAACUGAGAUGUUGAUACUAAUAACUGAUGUCUUUAUAUAACUUUUUAUCGCUUUACAUAUAUAUAUAAAAACAUCAAAGCGCCACUCUUGAUUUUUGACUUUGCAGUUCACGGUGGAAAAGGUUUGGACACCCCUGCUCUAUGCUGCAUGCCUAAUUCUUUCAUCAUAAUACCAUCAAUAAAUGUAUACAUAAAAGUAAA